AUGGCCAACGCAGGCUACACCUCGCCAUUCCCAACCUCCCACGACACAAUCGGGCAAUCAACUCUAGCAACUCCCCUUUUCAUGCCCUCGUCGCCUCCCCAGAACCCCGUCAGCCCUCCCGAUCCAUCGCCGUCCGAUCUGGAUGCCCGUCUCGCCGAAUAUACUUUAGACUUCAGUCAAUUCCCGAGCGGCCAUUUCCCCGACGCCAGAGACGGUGCGCCGUUGCCGGAAUUGAAGGAACACGAAGAAGACAAAUUGUCGGAUGUAGGAGGACCGGAGGACUUUACGGCCAAUAUGGAAAAAUAUCUGUUCGAAGAGAGCCUUCCAAGCAUGAAGAAAUACCGCAAGACGGAGAGUCGUGAGGAAUCCGGAUCUAAAUUGCAGAACAGCACGGUGCGAUCCAGACAGCCCGUCAUCGAAGACGACGGAGACUCGGCGGAUUAUAGUGAAUUUGGACCUCCCGUUGAUAUGUCGACUCCAUCACAUGUUCUGAACCGCACCAGCGCCCUGGCCAAAGACUCAAACCUCGAAGACAUCGAGGAGGACCCUGCCGACGAUCUACCAAGCCCGGAAUCCCCGUCGCUACGCAGGAUGUCAAUUACGCCAGAGAAGGAGAGACACGAGGAUGAUGAAAAAGAAGCCGAACAAGUUCAGCACGAGACACACGAUUUGCUCCAGCGCAUCGAAGAUCUAGAAGAGGAUGUCAGGGAUCGCGAUGAGCAGCUGAGCAAAAAUCGCAAACGGGUUCUCGAGGCCGCUUCGGCUGGCGAGCAAAUAAGACACCUCCAAGACGAGAUUCAACGGAAGAACACCUAUCUGGACGAGGCGGAAGGCAAAGAAAAUGAAGUGGAUGUACUUCGUGAGCAACUCGAGUCACUCCAGAAACAAAACGAGGAACGCGGGCGGCUUCUCGAGGAGUUCCAGGCCGACGCCAACCAUAACAGCGCACUCGAGCAAAAGGUUCGCGAUAUGCAACAGCAGUUGGAGACUCGAGAUACCCAGAACUCACUGGAUGCUGAGCGGUUAGAAACGAUCGCACAUUUGCGUGAACAGCUGAAGAUCAGCCAGGAGCAGCUGAAGAAGCGCGAUUCAACCCUGGAAGAGACAAUGGAGAAGCUGAGAGAAACCACCCGAGCGAAGGAGGUACUGCUCAAUGACAAAAAUACCGAGAUCGAUAGGCUAAAGGCCGAAUUUGACGAUCAGGCGUUGGAAAAUGAGCGAUUGGAUGGAGAAUUGGAUCGUGUUAAUAGCGACUACUUGGAUCUCGAAGAUCGAUUUACUACUCUUCAAGCUCAGAGCCAGCCUCUGGAGGAUCUCGAGGAAAGAAAUCUUUCUCUUGAAGCCGAUCUCACCCGUGUUCAGUCUCAAGUCGAGGCUCAGGAAAAUGCCCUGAAAGCCGUCGCGGCGGACUUGCCUGGUGGUCAGAGUACCGGUGGUCAUAGUACGUAUAGCGAAAUCCUCGACCUGAUCAAGGAUAUUGGACACACAAGUCUUGACUCGGGUCCUCGGUCACCAUCGAAGGACAAAUUUCCCGAGGAUGAAGAUGACGACCUACUGGAACUACGACACGAGAUUGAGAAGCUCCAACAAGAAGCCCACGACGCCACUGCUGGCCACAAAGCAGCAGAUAUCGAGAUCAACCGCCUCCGUCAACAAGCUGCCGAAUCCCAAUCUCUUAUCAAGACCAUCGAAGCUGAGAACUCUCGGCUUACCACCCGCGUUGAUGAUCUGAGCGCCAAUCUCAACAAAACACAGCACGAGCUGACUCGUACCCAAGAGGAACAUGCCGAAUCUCUCGAAACAGUCGCCCGUCUUCAAGAAGAAGCACUCGGCCAACCACCCAGCCCUCCCCCCUCACCACCAACCGCACGAGCUGUCCCCAACACAGAGCAGCCAGACCCUGCAGCUACCGCGGCCCUGGAAGCCUCUCACCAGGCGCAGAUUAGAAGCCUCCAAACCGCCCACUCCACAGCCGUAUCCACCCUUCGCUCAUCACAUGCCGAAUCAAUGCGCAAGGUCCGGGACAUACUCAGCGCAGCCGAGAAACGCGAAUCCGACCUCCGCGCCGAACUGACAACACUGCGCAGUAAAGCAUCCACACAGGAGUCCAAACUGCGCAAGUCAUUCAAGCAAGAGGUCCGUCGUCUCGAAGCCGUCAUUGCUGCAAAGGAUGAAGCCUCCGCCGCGGUUGACCAACGUAUUGCACUGUCUGUAGACAAGCGUGAGCAAGAAUGGGAACGUCGCGUGGAUCUAUUACUCGAGGAGCGGGAUCGUAUGGCCAAGGCACUCAUGAUGUACUGGGGUGAGAAGGAGAUGGGUCGUGGUCCAGGGGUAUUGGCAGAUGAUAAGGAGAAUCGCGGGGAGUCGACAACGGAUUCUAAACAAGGUCAAGCAUAUCGGUACAAGUAUUCGCAGAAACACAAAUCUAAGAGCGGGGAGAGAAAGGCAUAA